UCCCACGGAAGAAGGCAUGAAGCAGAUGACUGAGCUGGUGGCCACCUACCCCCAGGGCUUCAUGACCUGGCUAGGUCCUAUGGUUCCUCUCAUCAAUUUGUGCCACCCUGACAUCAUCCGAUCUGUUCUCAGUGCCUCAGCUGCGGUUGCCCCAAAGGAUGACAUCUUCUACAGCUUCCUGAAACCCUGGCUGGGGGAUGGGCUCCUGGUGAGUGCUGGGGACAAGUGGAGCCGCCACCGUAGCAUGCUGACACCUGCCUUCCACUUCAACAUCCUGAAACCCUAUGUGAAGGUUUUCAACGACAGCACCAACAUCAUGCAUGCCAAGUGGCUGCGCCUGGCCUCAGGAGGUAGCGCCUGUCUGGACAUGUUUGAGAACAUCAGCCUCAUGACCUUGGACACUUUACAGAAAUGUGUCUUCAGCUUCAACAGCAACUGUCAGGAGAAGCCUAGCCAAUAUAUUGCUGCCAUCUUGGAGCUCAGUACCCUGGCUGUGAAAAGAAAUGAGCAGCUGCUUCUGCACAUGGACCUGCUCUACCGCCUCACACCCGACGGAAUGCGCUUCUAUAAGGCCUGCCGCCUGGUACAUGACUUCACCGAUGCCGUCAUCCAGGAGCGACGUCGCACUCUACCCAAGCAUGGUGGUGAUGAUGUCAUCAGGGCCAAAGCCAAGUCCAAGACUUUGGACUUCAUUGAUGUGCUGCUGCUAACCAAGGAUGAAGAUGGAAAGGAGCUGUCAGAUGAGGACAUCCGAGCUGAGGCUGACACCUUCAUGUUUAGAGGCCAUGACACCACAGCCAGUGGGCUCUCCUGGAUCCUGUACAACCUGGCAAAGCACCCUGAACACCAGGAGCGCUGCCGGCAGGAGGUGCAGGAGCUCCUGAGGGACCGUGAGCCUCAGGAGAUUGAAUGGGACGACCUGGCCCAGCUGCCCUUCCUGACCAUGUGCAUCAAGGAGAGUCUGCGGCUGCAUCCCCCAGUCACAAUGGUCUCUCGAUGCUGCACCCAGGACAUUUCCCUCCCAGAUGGCCGGGUCAUCCCUAAAGGUAUCAUCUGCAUCAUCAAUAUUUUUGGAACCCAUCACAACCCAACUGUGUGGCGGGACCCUGAGGUCUAUGACCCCUUCCGUUUUGAUCCAGAGAACAUCCAGGCUAGAUCGCCUCUGGCAUUUAUUCCCUUCUCAGCGGGACCAAGGAACUGCAUAGGACAGACUUUCGCUAUGAACGAGAUGAAGGUGGCGCUGGCACUGACACUGUUGCGCUUCCGCGUCCUGCCAGAUGACAAGGAGCCGCGCCGGAAGCCAGAGCUGAUCCUGCGCGCCGAGGGCGGGCUGUGGCUGCGGGUGGAGCCGCUGAGCACCCAAGCACUGUAACCCAUCCACUUUGCCCUGGAUUUCUUAGUAAGUAAACAGGUGUGACUCUGCCCUUGUAGAUUGGAAAGCACAAGCAGUGCUGUCAUCUUGCAAGCAGGGGCUGCAAGGUCAGAGUUACGGAGUCCACCUGGUUGAUUUGAGCCAAAGAUCCCUGACUUCCUCUGCAUGAUCACAGGCUGAACAUGAUGCAUGAUGACAUGGCCUCUAAUUUAUGGCGCCUGGUUCCUUCAUGCUCGUUGCCACCAAAGUUAUCCCAAACUAAAUCAUGUGGUGUCGCACUUCCCACCACCCCCUGAAAAUAUGCAAAAGUCAUAUAUUUUCCUUUGUUCAGAUUUUUCUGAAGACUCAGACCUGGGGCUGCCCUUCCAUCAUGUUUAUGGUGGCCAUCUGGCCAUCUCUCUUACUUUUACUACAACCUAUACCCCAUAAUGAAAUUCUUCUCCUUGUUUUA